AAUCAUUUGUCAUUUUUAAUUCCUUUCUUUCAGUGAACAUUACACCCUUACAGUGUAAUUAAGGGUACAAAGAAGGAAGAAACUAGAUGUGCACAAAUGAAAAUCUUUUAUGAUGGAGAAGUGAUUGUGCUUGAUGAUAUUUCAGAUGAAAAAGCCAAGGACAUCAUGGUCUUUUCUACCAACAACUAUGCUGCUUUUAUUUGGAUGAAAGCUUCACUUCAUCGGUUCUUGGAGAAAAGGAAGAAUAGGGCACCAUAUCAAACAACUUAUCCAGCAACAACCAUUAAUAAGACAAUUGAUAAAUCCAUGGCAUGGCUCUCCCUUACACCAUAAUCACAACAACACAAAUCUGACGUUAACUCCACCUCGGUGAUAUUUUAACUGAUUUUGUUUUGUUGGACAGACUCCAACAUUUUACGGGCUUCUCUGCUACCCUUUUGUUGUUUCUCUAUGACUGGAUCAAUUAGAUCAUGUGUAUUUAUUUAUUUUUGUAAGAAUGAGUCCUAUGCUAAAAAAUAUCUAUACAUAUUUGUGAAUGUUG